ACAGGUAAAUUUUAUAUCAGAGUGUAACAACGUCAUUCUAUAAUCUAAUAGAACCGAAAGGCAAAACCUAUCCUGAUUAAUUUUUCCAGAUAAACAUUGGUUAGCUUUAUGAGCUAGUUACCUCUGGCUUGAGAUCACGGUGAACAACACCCUGCAGAUGACAGAAAGCUACCACACUAUUGAUAAUUUGGAAAUCAAACCUAACAACCAACCAACAAUAACAUAGAAAGCUACCACUACUUCAGCGAUUGGUCAUGGUUGUUCAAGAUGUUGGGAUCGGUGGGGGAGUCUUCUCUGCAUCUGAAUUUGGGAUUUUAGAGAUUGAAGUAGGUUUGUGCGUGGAAGAGAAUGAUCUGGGAAGAAAGUUUCUGAGAGACGUGGAGGAAAUGGUGCCAGAAAAACGAGUCUGUGAGAGUGUUGCAGUGCCAGAAAUUUGUUGAUUGGGGGCAAGGAGCUGACCCGGUCCUAAUCCAAUGUGAACCCCUUUCAUAGGGUUUUUGGGGCCAGGGUUUUGGAAAAGCCCCCUGAAACGUGGGUAAAGAAAUGGGGUCUACCUUAAAGAAGGUCAGGACUGGAAUUAAAAUGACAGCUCUAUUCGCGAAAGCCUUCAUUGGGAACGCCAUAGCCAUCUUCUUUUUUUUUGUCUAUUCUUCUCCAUCUCCAUAUCCUCCACUCUUCUCCGCGAGCGUUGUCAUCUCCUUCAUCUCCCUUUUUCAUUUUUCGUUUUUCCGUUUACGACUCUCCAUUCGUUCUUCUUCUUGGGUACACAAAAUGUGACUUUGAAGGCUCCACGCCACUCUUUUAUCGAAUGCGAAGCCUCCGCGCCACUCCUAUGCUCGAACUCGAAGCCUUCAUAAACAAGAUAACAUUAUAUGUUGCGAACCCUCCAUAAACAAGUGCUUUGGUGAAGGAGAACAUUCUUGCAUUGCGAAGGUGAAGCAUUAUGCACUUACGAACUGGAGUAUCCACCAUUAUCAAACUUCAGUUCCUCUUGAAGCACACUCUUAAGUUCUCUUCCGCGCUAUACUAUCUAUUUAAUUUUUUUUAUUUUAAUAUUUUGUUUUUAAUAUGCUUGGAUUCUUAAAUAUAGUUAGGGAGAAAUUGAUGUUAUUUAUUUUUUUCAUAUGUUAUUUAAAAUUUGAACUAUAAAAUUUAUUGCGUUAAAUUUUAUUUAUCAUAAUAAACAAUUUAAAAUUUUCAAAUUCCAUUAAAAUAUAUAAUAUAGCCAUCUGACCAUUGAUAUAGGGUCCUGAUUGAGUUAACGAUCCCACCGGCUGUUCAUCACACUUUACUCCAUCCAAGCACAUCAGCAACUCACAUCCUCUGUCUGAUUUCACAUUCCCGCGUUUUUGUAUACUCGCUCUUUCCCUUUCUUCUCCAUCCAAAUUCACUCCACAAAUCAAAUCUCUCUCACCCAAAAUUCUUCUACUUCUUCAUCUUCUCUCCAUAGUUCUUCCUCUCCUACGAAAACGAAGGCGAAGUCGACGAAGAUGUUGAAGACGAAGACGUUGAAGAUGAAAGCAUUCCAAGGCGCCAAUGUGUUCAUGUCGCGAAACCUCGUGCCGCCGGAAGUCUUCGACGCGCUGCACGAUGCCGUUAAAGAUAACGGUGCUCAACUCCACCUCUGCUGCGAUCCUUUCCGUAACGGCCCCGACGAUUACCACAUCAUUGCUUCCAGUAAACACGAGAAGUUCGAUGAUCUCAAAUCCAAGGGCUGCAAGUUGCUUGGUCCUAGAUGUGUUCUUUCGUGUGCCAAAGGUGGAAGGCCUUUGCCUAAACAAGGCUUCACUUGUUGCCUUGCCAUGGACGGCGUCAAAGUACUUGCAUCUGGCUUUGAUACGGAAGAGAAGGUUAAGAUAGAAGAGUUAGUGGCGGAAAUGGGGGGAGUUCUACACAGUAAAACAUCGUUGGAUUUGAACUUUGUCAUUGUGAAAAAUGUUUUAGCUAGGAAGUACAAGUGGGCUUUGAAUGAAUUGAAGAAACCAAUAGUCACGUAUGAAUGGCUAAAACAAUGCUCAGAGGAGCAUCGUGUUGUUCCUCAAGAGUCAUACAAGGUCCUUCCUUUCUCUGGGUUAAAGAUUUGUGUUACUGGAAUUCCUGCAGAUGUUCGUAAAGAGAUGGAGAAGCUUAUUUUACAAAAUGGUGGAAAAUACUCAGCAGAAUUGACGAAGAAUUGCACACAUUUGAUUUCUGAGGCUCCACAAGGUGACAAGUAUAAGGUAGCAAAACGAUGGGGCCACAUUCAUAUUGUGAUAAAGAAAUGGUUUGAUCAAUCAAUUGCUCGAAGAGCAUGUCUGAAUGAGGAGUUCUUCCCUGUUCAGCAUGGAUCUGUAUCUUCACAUAAAGUAACUAGGGACUUAACAAUGCAACAUAGCCAAGAAAAGGAUAUUGGGAAAUUGCAAUCUGCGGCAUCCUCAGGUACUACAGAUUCAAAUGUGCAAGUUUCUUGUGCUGAGUUCAGGGAUAGAGAUCAUGAAGCUAUGCCAUCAGAAUUUAUGUCCUCAGUUUCACAAACCCGUAUAUUUGCUAAGGAGGCAGAUGCUGAACCUCCAUUGCAGACCAGUGGUGAAUUGAACCUUGACAAUAUUGUCGCUGAUGAUUCUGAAUCUGAUGAUAAUGACAUGUACUUAUCAGAGUGCAGAAUAUUACUAGUUGGUUUUGAAGCUUUAGAAAUGCGGAAACUAAUUAAUAUUGUGCGCAAAGGUGGAGGCUCCCGGUAUAUGUCUUUUAGUGACAAAUUGACACACAUAAUAGUUGGGAAUCCUACUGAAAUGGAAAAGAAGGAUGUAAGGAGUCUCGCUGCUUUAGGUGUAAUUUAUGUUGUUAAAACCUCAUGGCUUGAAGAUUGUGACCAUAAAAAGAAAGAAGUCCCAGUGCUUAGGAGACACGUUGCGUAUGAUCUACUUCAUCCAAAAGCAAGCUUGGUAAAAGGAGCUGUAACAGAAAGCACAUCUAUGGAUCACAGUAAAAGCUCCAGCUGUCAUCAAAGCUCGCACCAGGUGGACUUUGAAAUUGUGAAGCCAGAAUCUUUAGAGAAAAGAAAAGAAGAGAUACAAGAUAUGGAUAUAAAUGGUCACUCAUUCCGUAAAGCAAAUUGUAGAACAAUGUUGCAAAAUCAACUUCCUGAUAAUAAAUUGAGCACACAAGGAAUGAGCCAGCAUGACUUCAGUGUUCAAUAUGAAAAAUCAGCAAAUGUUUUCAGAGGAAAACUGUUUUGUUUUUCAAAUUUGUUUCCUGAAGAAAAGAGAGGUGAGAUUGUUCAAUGGAUAAGUCAAGGGGGAGGAGAGGUAAUAAGUGGGCAAGCAGAACAGAUUGUCCACUAUACUGUUGAGUGUCAUGGUGUAACACCCAUGUCGACUGGUGAUUCGAAGAGUUGGUCUGUUUCCAGUCACUGGAUACGAUCUUGUUUGGAGGCUGGAUCCUUGCUGGAUGUUGAUAGUCACAUUCUUUAUUCUCCACUUCCCUGCCAUGUUCCCUUGCCUGGAUUUGAAAGAUUCAGGUUUUGUGUUUCACAGUAUGAGGAGAAAGACAGAAAUCUCCUAAGAAACUUGUGUUUUGUACUAGGAGCUAAAUUUGGGGAGAAGUUGCAUAAGAAGGUUACGCAUUUGUUGUGUAAAUUCACCAAUGGACCCAAGUAUGAUGGUGCUCGUAAAUGGGGGAUUCAAUCAGUUACAUGUGAAUGGAUAUUUGAAUGCGUCAAACAGAAUGGACUUGUUGCCGUUGAUCAAUUUUUACCAAAAGAAGUAACUGCUCAAGAUCAAGAGGCAGGACUUUGCACCGUAAGUCAGUUUCCUACCCAGGCUGCUCAAAUGAUAAGUGGCAUGCCCUCGCAAUUGUCAAGUCAAUCACAAAUUUUGAGAGGCAUCACAGAUAAAAAUGUGGGUUGUGGAGUUGGUAAUCAUGAGACCAAUUUUAAGAAACCAAGUGUUUAUAGCAAAAAGGCAAGACUUGUGGAAGAACCUUGCCUAUCCAACAAGAUGCCUUCGGCAUCAAAUUCAGGUAUCCAUGCCUAUGGAAAGAAUUUUUCUGAAGACAAUAUGCUAAUAGAUGGUGGAGAGGUUUGUCGUACUGUUCCUGAUGUUGCUGCUGCAAUUGAGGACUUGUUAGAGCAGACUAGUAAGAUGCAUGGUCAGAGGUCCCCAGCACAUACAGGGUGUGAGAGAGGUAUUUACCCAUCUGAUCUUUCAGUCCUUGGUGAAGAUAAUUCCAAUCCCCAUACCGUUUUUGGGUUAUCUAAACACUGGUUAAACAGAAAUGACAGAAAGGAAGAUGAUGGGGAGGCUUCUCAAGACAGACGAGCAGGAAUAUACGAUGGUUUUAGUGAAACACAGACAGAAUCUCAGGUUGUUAGUUAUGAAGAAGAUUUGUCAGGAAGGCAAAGCCUUAUAGAUAAAUACCGAACUCGAAGUAGCACGCAGUGAAUAGGAACAAGAAUCUGUCUUGUCCUGGUUUCAAAACAAAGAUAAUAGAAGAAAACUCAACCUUGGUCAGCUAACGAAGGGAACAUCAGCACAUCAGCAGCUUAGUAUAGGUCAAUCAAUUAUGUCUGUUUUAUUAUCUCUUUCUCAUCUCCAAAAUAAAAAUUCAUCUCCAUAUUCAUAGUAACAAAUAAGAUUUUUAUCUGAUUCUCU